AAACAGACCUUUAAUGUGUAAUAUCUGCUAAUAAUUCUACCUCAUUACACAGCAAUUUGUAUACAAGCUUGGAUAAUUCAACAAAUUUUUACACAAUUUUUCGAUAAACUCAGUUUUUUUUAUUUAUCUAUAUUGCUUCGAGUAAAGAAAAUAGCCAAAUUAUAAAGAAGCUAGUAUCUAUCAGGGAAGGCAGGCGUUGGUUUUAAGAAUUAAAAAACUAAUGUUAGAAUAUAUAUUGAAACAAAUAACGCAGUCUGUAAUAAAAUAAAGAAAUUAAUUUCUUACUUUUUCGCAAAUGCAAACAAGACAUGUAAAAGAAAAAGCGGUUGUUGUAAACGAUGUAUAUUGGAAUUUAGGAUCAUCAGAUUCAUUGUAUUCGGAUAUGUGUAGCGAUAAUGGCGAUCUGGCAAAUUGGGAGCAAUAUGUUGCCGAUAACGGAAAUUUAUUUUAUGCUGAAUACAUUCCACAAGAUAAUGAAACAAAUAAGUACGAAGAGUUAGGCAAGCAAUUAUCUUUGCCUAUAACGGAAAAUAAAGCAAAUCGUCGAAAGUAUAAUCAUAAACGAUCACAGUCAGACUAUGUUCAAAAUCAGAAGCACAAAAAUAUAAAUGAUCAAAUUAGUACUAAAAUUCAAAAUCAUUGUUUUAAAUUUUCAGAUAUAAAAUGUCAAGGGCAUGUAAAGCAAUUGGAAUUAAUCAUUAGUGCAGCGAAUCGGUAUCGUUUUGGACGUCGUUCUUCUGCUGUUGAAUCUAUUUUAGGUUUCCGAGUCGUGGCUUUUCCAGAUCAGCCCGAGUGCUUAAUGGUUGAUGAUUUCAUACACCAAAUGCCCAACAUUCAACAACAUAUUAUACGCGGCGAUUGGUUUAAAAGUUUAGAUAAUAUCGAUAUACGAACAAGCAAUAUUGAAGAAUUAUUACUUCAAUUCACUGAACCAACUAAAGUUUGUCUUAGAUUUCAGGGCGCACCACCAAUAGUGGAUGAUAUAACCGAUUUAGGAAAUAUUGGUCAAAAUAUCAAAAUUAUUGAGGAUUUUUCCACAUUCGCUAAAAAGUUCUCUAGUUUAACUAAAGAAGAAUCAAAAACCACAAUAAUAGCUAAAAACAAUGAUGCUCAACCUUUCAUUUUUCUUCUUUUGCCACCAGAAUGUUAUCAAAAUGAUAAGUAUAAGAGUUCGCUUUACUCUUAUCCAGAAAAUCCUGAAGAAAAUUUUCUAUAUAAAACUCGUGGAAGUUUUCUUACUAUGAAUGCAGUUUUGACAGAAGAACUGAAGACUAAACCGUUAGUAACAAAAAUUUUGAUUGAACGUGAUCAAUAUUACGUUAAUUAUGGAUCAUUAGGUGGAUUUCUGGCGCUGUCUGCAUUUUUGGCAGAAAAGAUUAGUGUAUCAGAAUCCAAAAAGUGGGCUAAUGAACUGUUGUGUUAUAUACGAUUUGCUUUACCAAAUUUAUCUCCUGAUGAUUUUCUGAAAUCUAAUGUAUCUGUCGCCAAUUUACGAAGAUUUUUGAAUGAUUUUUUUCUUAUACAACAAAAUCGUUUUCUUGCAAUAUGUAAAAGAAACUCUUAUCUAUUUGAAGAACUUUUUGAGCAAACAAGAUAUUUGCCAUUACCUAAAGAAGCACAACUUCGAAUACUCGAUGCAAUGAGUGAGUUGGAAGCAAUGGAUUAUAGAAAUUGGAAUACCGAACCUUUAAAUACUCAUCGCGAGUUUUUUGUAUAUGGAAGUGCUUUGUUUUACGAUAUGUUUAUAUUAGUUUCGCAGGUACCAGUAAAUAUUCUUUCAAAUAUUGAAUGCUUCUUACGGUGUCGAGGUAUUUUCAACUUUAUUGUAAAUCAAAAUGUCAAAGAGCUUUAUGUCUGGGAAGAAAUAAUAUUGCCUAAUACUCCAGAACGCCAUUUUUUAAUAGUAUGUGGUAGACAUCAUUUUAUUCUUACUGUUAUAUUAAAAUUAUUUAAUGAUCCGGAUUUAGUACCAAAUGCAAAAAUUUCCCCAUCUUUAUUUUAUAUUGAAGAAAUUCAGGAAACUUUAGAACAUUUAAUACAAUGUGGCAUUGAGUCUUUAGCAAUGUUUUGGUCUGUAUCAAAUAAGCGGCCAGCUAUUUUGUGUGAAGUUGGUCAAGAGGAAUAUGAAAAAAACUCAAUGAAAUCGGAGAUUUCAACGAAACAAAAGCUUCCUUUAAAUUUAUUGACUAGCAGCAAUCAGUCGCAGCUAGAGGAAGAGUCGUACGUAAGUUCAUCAGUUGCAGGUUCUUCAGUACAAAGCGAAGAAGAAGUAUAUCGAAAGCGUUUAGUCUCUGUGAAUUCAGGUUUCGAUUCCGACAGUGAAUCUGACUGGGAAAACUUCUAUGAACAAGAUGUACUCGAUUCAGAAUCUCAAUGUCAAAUAGCGAAAUCAUUACGAAAAGAAAUAAACAAUCUUAUUCCCGUCAAUAUAACGGCAGGUUGGAAAAAUGAAUUAUUUUAUUACAUUUCAAUAGAUCAUGGUAAUGGUUUAAUAUUAUGUCCUUUCUUAAGCAAUGUGGAUGUAAGACUUGUAACAGAAAUUCGCAAAGCUUGUUUUUUAAUUCACAAUGUUUUGAAAAGCUCAAACAAUAUAAAAUUACCUUUAACUAAAGAAGUUAAUAAGAACAUUACUGGUAUGGUGGCCAUUAAAGAACACAGUAUAUCAGUUCAAUUAAAUGACACCAGUAAUCAAUUAAAUAUGAAAAACAAUCGGUUUAUUGUUGUAGGUCGAUUGUUUAAAACACCAAUCAAAGAAAUUUAUGUCUGUCACCGACCGGAUGUCCCUCAAAAUAUAAUAGAAAUAGCUUUUCGCUUAUCACUAUUUUCAGUUGGAUAAAUAUGUAUUAAUUUUAAGUUGUAUGAAAAU